CACCUCAGUACGUCAAUCCCGUUCGCCGACCUCCUGGGCUUCGCAAGCUCUCCAACAACCGCACGAGUCACUCAGGAUGGCUUCGCAAGCAGACAUGAAGGACCGCCAGUUCCUCGCCGUCAUUGGCGACGAGGACUCGGUUACCGGCCUCCUCCUCGCCGGCAUUGGGCACGUCAGCACGGGUGCCGACCAGGAGAAGAACUUCUUAGUGGUGGACAACAAGACCGAAACCUCUGCGAUCGAAUCCGCCUUCGAGUCGUUCACGACAAGAAAGGAUAUCGGCAUCGUCCUUAUCAACCAGCACAUUGCCGACCGCAUAAGACAUCGUGUCGAUACCUAUACGGCUGCUUUCCCGACGGUACUCGAGAUUCCGAGCAAGGAUCACCCGUACGACCCCGAGAAGGACAGCGUUCUCCGCAGAGUACGUCGGUUGUUUGGCGAGUAGACGUGUUGUUAUACGCAUGCCGGGGCGGUAGAGAGACGACUGGCACGAGGAUGGUAUCGCUGGUAGUAAGUCUAGGUUAUGGAUGGACGAUGCCGGCCCGACCCGUCUUGAAAUAAAUCGCGAGCUACAUGUCUAGCACCGCUUCCCUAUGUACGUACGC